AUGUCCAAAGCUGAACACACUUUCAGUGCUUUUCUUACCACUGCCUUUUAUCCAGUGUCUUAUGCCAAGUUCUUGAUACAGAUCGGUCAUGAACCUUUACCAUUUUAUGAGACACGGACGUUCACAGGAAGGCCUAUUUUGGCAUAUCCAAGUGUUUUCCGUUAUGUUGCAUACAUCUAUCGGGUAGAUGGCUUCCUUGGCCUUUACAGAGGAUUAUUCUCAAAAGUGCUGGCAGGUGCCACUGGCAGUAUCAUUCAGAACAAAAUGCUUACUUACUUGAAAGUAGACGAUGACCGUGAAAAACUGAGUGAAGAUUCGGAUGAAGAUAAUGGCUCCGAGACAGAGUAUCAGGAUGAUGACAUGAAUAUUAUUGCUGCUAUGAAAACUCUCUCUAAACUGAUAUCUAAACAGUUGGCUGCCAGGUCGGUGGCUGUCAUUGCCACUCAUCCAUUUCAUGUAAUAAUGGCAAGAAAUAUGGCUCAAUUUGUUGGUGGAGAAAAAGAAUAUAAUGGUAUAUUAUCCUCAAUCCGUAUGAUUUUGAAACAUGAUGGACCUUCUGGAUUUUUUGGAGGUCUUGUACCACGACUGCUGGGAGAUUCUAUCAAUCUUGUUGCAACAGGAGUAUUGACAUAUAUACUGAACAAAUAUGUUAUACAAGACAAGAAAGCUACUAUCUAUACAGCUGCUUUUGUUGGGUUGGUAGUCAACCAAUUGGCUUAUCCAUUUACCUUAGUUUCUACCAUCAUGAUGGUCAGUGGUAGUGGUCUUGUUGCUGCUUUACCUCCAAAUAUGCCUGAGUAUACAUCUUGGAUCAAAUGUUGGAACAAGUUGGAUUCUAUAGGACAAUUGAAAAGAGGUUCCAGUUUGUUGUGGCGUGUUUAUUCUGGACCCACUGGAAUCAAUAGUCAGAUAUCCAUCAAAAACAGAUCUUAA